GAAUGAGCGCGCCUGCGCAAUGGACGCUCAGGCUGCUCUUCCUUAGCGGGCGGCUCUUAGCUUUGUAUUCCAGCCCUGGAAGGCAGCGGGAGAAGGGUUGAUUUUUAUUGGCUUUUUUGUUUGUUUGUUUGUUUUUGUCGCCUUUGCUCCCGGCUCAUAGUUUCCCCACCAAUGGGUCUUCAAAACCUACUGCUGCUACUACGGACCUAGGCAGUCACUAUCUCGGCUCUAUGAUGUCCGUUCUUGCACUAGAACCUUCCCUGAGCGACUGAGGUCUGCCGACGGGGCUGCUCAUGAAAGUGAUCUUCUUAAGGCAAUUAAAAACCCGUGGAAUGGAAAGAAAAUGCUCCAGGCGCCCUGGGUUAGGCCCACCAACGCUGUACACAUUCCUGCUAGGCAUUAUAUUCAUUACUCUAAGUUCAAGUCGAAUCUUACUGGUAAAAUACUCUGCCAAUGAAGAGAACAAGUAUGACUAUCUCCCUACCACUGUGAACGUGUGCUCAGAGCUGAUGAAGCUGAUUCUCUGUACACUUGUGUCACUCUGUGUUAUAAAGAAAGAAGAUCAUCAAAGUAGACAUUUGAGAUGUACUUCCUGGAAGGAAUUCUCAAGUUUCAUGAAGUGGUCCAUUCCUGCCUUUCUGUACUUCCUGGACAACUUGAUUGUCUUCUAUGUCCUGUCCUAUCUCCAGCCUGCCAUGGCGGUUAUCUUCUCGAAUUUUAGCAUUAUAACAACAGCUCUUCUAUUCAGGAUAGUGCUGAAGCGGCAUCUGAACUGGAUCCAGUGGGCAUCCCUCCUGAUUCUGUUCUUGUCUAUCGUGGCCCUAACAGCCAGUACCAAAACGUCCCAGCAUGAAUUGGCAGGACAUGGAUUUCAUCAUGAUGCCUUCUUCACCCCAUCUAAUUCCUGCCUCCAUUUCAGGAGAGACUGUUCCCUAAGAGACAAUUGUACAUCAAAGGAGUGGACUUUCAGUGAAGUCCAGUGGAACACCACAGCCAGAGUUUUUAGUCACAUCCGUUUGGGCUUGGGCCACGUUCUGAUUAUAGUUCAAUGUUUUAUUUCUUCAAUGGCCAAUAUCUAUAAUGAGAAGAUCCUGAAGGAGGGGACACAGCUCACUGAGAGCAUCUUCAUACAGAAUAGCAAGCUUUAUUUCUUUGGCAUUGUUUUUAAUGGGCUGACGCUGGUCCUUCAGAGCAGUAACCGUGACCAGAUUCAGAACUGUGGGUUUUUUUAUGGCCACAAUGCAUUUUCAGUAGUCCUUAUUUUCGUGACUGCCUUCCAGGGCCUUUCAGUGGCUUUUAUCUUGAAAUUCUUAGAUAACAUGUUUCAUGUCUUGAUGGCCCAGGUGACAACUGUCAUCAUCACAACAGUGUCCGUCCUGGUCUUUGACUUCAGGCCCUCCCUGGAUUUUUUCCUAGAAGCCCCAUCAGUCCUCCUCUCCAUAUUUAUUUAUAAUGCUAGCAAGCCUCAAAAUCUAGAGUGUGCACCUAAGCAAGAAAGAAUCCGACAUCUGAGUGGCAGUCUUUGGGAGCGUUCCAGUGGGGAUGGAGAAGAGCUGGAAAGACUUACCAAACUCAAGAGUGAUGACUCAGAUGACGACACUUUAUAAUGGUACCUGGUUGGUGGACAACUCGCACAAACUGUGUUUGCACAUUUUCAGCAUUUGUGGCAAUUGUCUUUUCUGAUAAAGUGAUGAUGUUUGAAAGCAUAGUAUUCUUUACAUGUUAUCUAACCACUGAAUAAACAGCUCCAUCCAAGAUCUAUAGCAGCCACUGGGUAACAGAGUUCUGAGACCUAAACAUAGAACUCUGCAUAACUGACUACCUGAUGAGUCAACAGGACACUAUGCAGAUUGCUUCUUCAGCCUCCAGGGUCCAGAAAUCAUGUUAAUUUGACCCUACAGUUACACAAAUGGAGACAGCGUGCCACAUAUUAAUCAUCAAGUCAUAUCAUCUGCCUGCCAAGGUCAUCUCUCAAGGUCAUUGUUCUAUCAUCCUGCUUGUCCCUCAGAUUUCGAGGCCUUAGCAAUAGUCAUUUUGCUUUCAUUAAAGCAAUAACACCCUAAAAAUUUUGGCUGAAAGACCUAAGUAUCUGGCUGUGCCAUAGAUUUUAAAUAACAUCCUUUGUGAUAAAUAUUUUUAAGCUAUUAAGAAAUAAAAUUUCAAAAUUUUGUUUUUUUAAAUCAUCUUUUUUUAAAGCUUUAUUUACAUGAAAGUUGGUUGCCAUGUUAUCAUAGUUAGCACUUGUAUUUUAAUUCACCUAAGCCAUUGUAGAAUUGUUUGUUUGUUUGUUUGUUUGCUCUAUCCUUGGUUUGUACAUUUACAAAAUCUUGACAUCAUUACCUUUUGAUGUUGAGUUACUGUGCUGAGAAUUCAGUUGUUUUAUUUUUGAGUUAUUAAUUGAACUGUAGAAUUGUUACCUAUCUUUGUGUAAUAUCCUAGUGUGAAAGUCAAGUCUCUGGCUUUAGGAUGCCUUUAUAAGAAUUAUUUUGUAAAAAAAAAAUAAUGACUUUUAAUGAAAUAGAGUAGUGUUAUUCCAAGAGGGCCAGUAACCAGAAAGUCACCUCUCAACACACUUCCUACUUAUAAGUGCAUGGUAUUUCUCAAGACAAGUUUGCAUGCAGCCAGGUGACUCUUCAUUGGUACAGCAGUCAUGUGGCAGAUAAUUAUAAUGUAAGAAAAUAGAGUGAUUUAUUCCAGGUCUUAUAGCUGAAGGGUAAUAGAAACAAGCUUCAAGCCUGUGUGUUUACAAAUUCCUAUACUGUAAAUAUGAAUUAUAAGCUACCAUGAAGUUUGCACAUUCCUUCUUCAAGUUUCCAUGUAUUUAUAUAUAAGAUAUUACUAUUAUUAUAAUCCAUCUGUCUACCCAGAAUAAUAUAACUGUUAAUAAUUGCUAAAACUUUUUAAUUAAAAUAAUUACUAAACUCUUAUUUUGAAUCUGUACUCUGUCAUAUGAGAUGUGUGGAAUGCUUUAAAAAUUUUUUUAAUAUUUUUUAUGCUUUUAAAUUUUAAAACAAUGGAAUAAGGCAAAUAUUCUAACAACUUAAAACUUGGUCUUUGACUCAAUCUUGGUGUCUAAAGAAAGAAUGGUGAAAUUCUCUACCUUAUUGUAGGAAUUCUCACCAGAGUCACAUGAAAUGGGAUUAACCAAUGUGAUUCAUUUUAAAGAUAAGGAAAAUAAGAUAGAGAGCACUCACUUUUAGAAAUGAGAGCAUGAAAAUUAUCUUACUGAGCUUCAAAAGAAAUUGCAAGUGUCACCUACAGGAUACUUAUCCUGUAGCAAUCAUUUAUAUCAGUGGUGUGGAGUAUUUUGAUUUUUCUUGUCUACAGUUAUUUUUUGCAUUCUUACUUCAUUGGAAAACAUUCAUUGUUCACCAUCGUGUUAACUAGCCACUCCCUGAAAGGGCUGAGCUGAAAAUAAAAUGUCAGAUAGAUGCACUUGGGUAUUUUAGAAGCAUUACUAUUUUAUGAAGGACAACGUGAAGGUAAGAGGUCCAGAACCAUUUCCCAGGUACUAAUGGAGUGGAAAUUAUAUGACCUAAAACGUUGUCCCACAGAAAAAGGAAUAGACACAAUAGCUGUGACGUGGUUGCUACUCCAGGAACUAAAUGGCAGUGAGGUAGCAGGGUGACUCUUAUUCAUACACAUAGGCUAGAGAUCCCAACAGGUUGUAUUUCUCAGCAUUGGGCAAGGAAACAAGAAUGUGGAUACUGGUUGUGACAGGGAAAAUGGCUUAGACCUAGAUCCCAAUCCCUUCCCUAGCUGCUGCUUGCCCCAGGUUUUCAAGCCCUGUGUACCGAAUGGCCCUGUCAGAGCAUAUUUGCUUGGCUUACAGAUAACGUUAUUUUCUUGUUUCACUCUGAAUUCCCAUGUGGAAGCCCUGUUGCUUGGGAGGUAGAUAUUGUGGCUUUGUAACUGCUAAUGUUGCUGUAAUCCUUUCUCUCUGCAUAAGCCAGCUGGCUGGAUGUGCCCAGAUCCUCCUUGGUACCCUGUCCCUUUUCCUACAAUGAUUUUAUCUAUGAGCUCAUAGCAUUCCAAGCAGAGAAGGCUGAGCAUAGUGGUAAGAGGGUGAUUUUCUCUCUCAAAGCCUAGAUCAGAGUUCUUGAAAUUGAGUGAUAUAUUUCCACUUUUAAUGAAGAAAACAUUUGAUACAAUUUCAACAUGAAUUUUUACUCUUAUUAAAGUACAUCCAAACAAUGUGAUAUGUGAACUUAUUUUUUCAAUACAGAUUUUCAUUGUGUUCUGUAUAUUAGCCUUGAGUCCACUUUGUAGACUAUACUGACCUUAGAGUAAUCUGCCUGCCUCAGUCUCCCAAGCUGAUAUUUCAGCUAUGAGCCACCAUACCAAGCCUCACUUACAUGUUUUAUAUGAAAGCCAAAACACAUUUACAGAAUAGAAUAUACUACUAUAAAGACCAAUAAAUUUUAAAUUAAAAUACAAACUUUGCUGGCUAGCUUUAUGUCAACUUGACACAAGCUAUAGUCAUCUUAAGAGGAGGGACCAUCAGUUAGUUAAAUGCCUCUAUCAGAUUGCGCCGUAAGCAAACCUGUAGACCAUUUUCUGAAUUAUGACUGGUAGGGAGGGACAUGUGCACGGUGCCAUCCCUGGGCUAGUGG